CUGGCCAGACGGCUCCCCGCAGUGCAAACGAGGACGAUGCCCGCUGGUCCGUGUGGGGAGGGGAUGUAGAGGGCAGCGGCGCAGGCCGCUCUGGGCACCAUGGACGAUGCCGCGGUCCUGAGGAAGAAGGGUUACAUCGUGGGCAUCAACCUGGGCAAGGGCUCCUACGCCAAGGUCAAGUCCGCCUACUCUGAGCGCCUCAAGUUCAACGUGGCGGUCAAGAUCAUCGACCGCAAGAAGACGCCCACGGACUUCGUGGAGAGAUUCCUGCCCCGGGAGAUGGACAUCCUGGCGACCGUCAACCACCGCUCCAUCAUCAAGACCUACGAGAUCUUCGAGACAUCCGACGGCCGCAUCUACAUCGUCAUGGAGCUCGGCGUCCAGGGCGACCUCCUCGAGUUCAUCAAGUGCCGGGGGGCCCUGCACGAGGAUGUGGCGCGCAAGAUGUUCCGUCAGCUGUCCUCGGCCGUCAAGUACUGCCACGACCUGGACGUCGUCCACCGAGACCUCAAGUGCGAGAACCUUCUCCUCGACAAGGACUUCAACAUCAAGCUGUCCGACUUUGGCUUCUCCAAGCGCUGCCUGCGGGACGGCAGCGGCCGGCUGACACUGAGCAAGACCUUCUGCGGGUCGGCGGCGUACGCGGCCCCCGAGGUGCUGCAGGGCAUCCCCUACCAGCCCAAGGUGUACGACAUCUGGAGCCUGGGCGUGAUUCUCUACAUCAUGGUCUGCGGCUCCAUGCCGUACGACGAUUCCGACAUCAAGAAGAUGCUGCGCAUCCAGAAAGAGCACCGCGUGGACUUCCCGCGCUCCAAGAACCUGACGGGUGAGUGCAAGGACCUAAUCUACCGCAUCCUGCAGCCGGACGUCACCCGGCGCCUGCACAUUGAGGAGAUCCUCAGCCACGUGUGGCUGCAGCCCCCCAAGCCCAAGGCCAUGCCCUCCGCCUCCUUCAAGCGGGAGGGCGAGGGCAAGUACCGGGCUGACUGCAAGCUGGACCCGCGGCCCGGCUCGCGGCCCGACCACAAGCUGGGGGCCAAGACCCAGCACCGGCUGCUCGUGGUGCCCGAGACCGAGGACCGCAUGGAGGAGCGGCUGGCCGAAGCCUCCAGGGCGAAGGACCCCCACGUCUCCGGAGCUGAGGUGGGGAAGGCGAGCCCCUAGCGGUGCUGAGCGCCCGGGGGGCUAAGUGGGCGGUAGGAGCCGAAGAAGCCACAGGUGUGAGAACAAGUAAAGUCCGUCAAUUAAACCGCUAUUUUGAUUA